AACUACCGGGGUGGCAAGGGGUGGCAGCUGCCACCCCCCAAAAAAUGCUUGCCACCCCACUUGCCACCCAGGUUGUUAGAAGUGUCUCCAAUAUACAUUUAUUGAAUGGUAUUAUAUUUUUUGCUACUGAAGCUGUUGAUCUCAUUGGUAACUUGUUUAAGUUUAAGAACUAAAAUCUUUAUGUCCCCCCUCCCCUGUAAAAUGGUUGAGUCCAUGAAUCCUAUUUGCUCUCUUCUCACCGUGCGCAUCUGCCGCUUCAUUCAAAUGAAGACAGAAACGGUUUGAAAGCCAAAGAACUGGAGACAAGCCAACUGUACGCUUGCAGUGAUGAAAAAAGGUACAGUACAGCUGAAACUUGAAUCAAGAAAAUGUGAUGGGUGGUCAUAUGUGAUAGACAAUUCCGUUGUAAUUUCAAUCGUUUAUUUAAUUGCUAGCUUGCAAAAGUCGAUAGGACUAGUAGCUAGCUCGCUAUACAGCUGCAUUAAAAUGUGAGAGGAUGACUCGGUUAUAUGCUAUAGACCCUAUUGUGUAUGUGGUAUAAAGGCUGGGACGAAUUUCGAAUUAUAAAUAUGUUAAAAUGAAUGUUGAAAUUACGGAGAGUCGCGAUUCCCAUUGAAACGGAUGGCGCCGCGGUUAGCAUUCACAACGAGUGAAUCUUUUGGUAGCUAGUUAGUUUAGCUUUGGUAAACAUGAUUUUGUAUGUAAUAACCUAAUACAUAAUACAUAUGUACAUGUGUAUGUAAUAACCUAAUACAUUAGAAAUUCAAUUGGCCAUUUAGAAAAGUAUUUGUCAUUAUGAAGGGAAAUAUGUCAUGAACAUUUUGUGCUGUGGGUUCUGAAUGCAGUUAUCUUUUCUUUUUAGAGACUUGGACUUGGACUUGAAAAAAAUAAAAUAAAAAUGUAAGUGUUAACACACAUCUAAUGGGCUCCAUUACACCAUAGCCUAUUUAACUCACCAUCCAAAUGCCAGUAAGCACUAAAUCAGUUGUAAAUCAUACUGAUGGCACUGUUCAGAUAUCAGAUCCUCUUUAAAACUAAACCACUAGUAAUAUUGCAGUUUCAGGGCCCAAAAAUGAAGCGAAAAGGUCAAGAUAUCAGGACUUUUUUCAAGAAAAGGUCAGUCAACCAGAGGGAGACAGAAGAGGUGGAGACACAGAAAGACAGUCAGAGUGUGGAGGAGGAGACACAGAAAGUCAGCCAGAGUGUGGAGGUGGAGACACAGAAAGACAGUCAGAGUGUGGAGGUGGAGUCACAGAAAGACAGCCCAGAACCCCCAGAGGACACAACCAGUCCAACAGGUCCACAUGAUAUAUCUAAGCAUCGAGGUGACAGCCCAAGUCAACCAAUCAGGCAGGGAUUCCCCAGAACUCUCCAGGGUGGAGCUUGGAGAAGUUUCCACGUAGAGUGGUACCAAGAACGUCAAUGGCUUGAGUCGUCGCAUUCUAAAGAUGCAGCAUAUUGCUAUCCUUGUAGGCAUUUUUCUCUACCUAAUGUCCCCAAGAGUGUUUUUACGUCAGUGGAUGGUUACUCUAAUUGGAAAAAAGCAACAUUUAGGGAUAGUGGAUUUUGUCGUCAUGCUAAAUCUGAGCACCAUGUCAAUGCAAUGCUUGCAUGGGAAGAAGAUAAAAGAAGGAAGGACAACAACACAUCAAUGAUAGUAUUGAUGGAAGCAGAAAAUAGGAAAAAGAUAACUGACAAUCAAAAAUACAUCAAAACACUAGGUGAAAUACUGUGUCUUACAGCAACCCAGAAUAUCGCCCAGCGUGGUCAUAGAGAGUCUUCUGACUCAGAAAACAGGGGCAAUUUCCUUGAGAUUUUAGAACUCGUAAGCAAACAUGACCAGUCAGUUAGGACAAGAUUAGAAGAUCAAGCCAAGUAUGCCAAAUACACCAGCAGCCAUAUUCAAAAUGAAAUGAUAAGCAUUUUAGCAGGGAUGGUCAGGGAUGAGAUUAUUAAAGAGGUCAAAGAAAGUGAACAAUUUUCUGUCAUAGUGGAUGAAACCAAAGAUAUAAAAAAAAAAGAACAAAUGUCUUUUGUUCUUAGGUACUUUUAUAACGGCAUGGUGCACGAGAGCUUUUUAGAGUUUCAGGAAGCAGAAAGGCUGGAUGCUGCAGGUUUAACAGAAAAAAUCAUAGACUGUCUAGAGAGGCAUGGCUUGAAUUACAAGGAAAACUUAGUCGGGCAAGGCUAUGAUGGAGCAGCCGUUAUGAGCGGGAAACACUCCGGUGUACAGGCUAGAAUAAGGGAUGUAGCCAGUCAUGCUUUUUAUGUACACUGCAGUGCACACUGUUUAAAUCUAGUGAUAGUGGACAGUGUGAAAUCUGUAUCUGAGGCAGGAAAGUUUUUUUCUUUGUUGGAACGUCUGUAUGUAUUUAUGUCAGGCUCGUAUGCUCAUGAGAAAUGGCUGAAGGUGCAGCAAGAGAUGUUUAAAGGUGAAGGACCAAGGGAGCUUCAGCGUCUUAGUGAUACAAGAUGGGCGUGCAGGUAUGUAGCUUGUCGGAAUGUGAUGGAUAGGUUGCCUGCUAUUGUGUGUGUCCUUGAAGACAUUUCACAUGAGGACAACCCAGAUAGAGCUGUGGAGGCCAGAGGAAUUCUGCAUCAGAUAGAUCUCAAUUUUAUUGGAUGUCUUGUGGUGUUUAGAAAGAUUUUAGGUGAAUCAAAAUUUUUGUCAGACAUGCUCCAGUCAACAAAAAUAGACCUAACAAAAGCUGUUGAGUUGGCAGAAACACUCCAACAGACUCUCAGGGAAUAUCGCAGUGAGCCCUCUUUUGAGACUGUCUGGGGUGAAGUACUCGACAUAUGCCAAAGUAACAGCAUCCCUACAUCACAGCCCACCUGUAAACGAGCAAGACAGGUAGCAAGAAAACUACAGAGUAGUGUUGUUACAUCCACUCUAGGACAGCACACAGAACCAGAUAACAAAGAAUCUUUCAGAGUUAAAGUCUAUUACUCCAUAAUAGAUUGCAUGAUUGGAGAGAUGGAAAGGCGUUUUUCCAAAAUUAACUGCGAAAUCAUGAAAGGAAUACAGGCCUUCAAUCCAUCAAGUCCUAGCUUUCUCAGUGAGGAGGCUGUUCUUUUGUUGGCAAAUUCCUAUGGGACAAAUUCAGAUGAUGUUAAGCUUGAACUGCAUCAGUUUAAGAGACUGUUUGAUAGAACAGCAAAAAAGGAGAGACCGACUAGUCUCAUGGAACUAUUACUUUUUUGGGAUCCCAUUAAGACUGUUUUCUUUGAACUACAUCGUUUAUGUAAAAUAGCUGUAGUUUUACCCGUUAACAGUGCUUCAUGUGAGCGGAGUUUCUCAACUCUAAAGCUGGUCAAGAACCACUUACGUUCUACCAUGGCUGAGAAUAGGUUGUCAAGCCUAGCUACACUUAGUAUAGAGUCAGCACGUGCUAAGGGUCUUGAUCUAGAUGAGUUUGUGAGACGAUUUGCUGUCGAACAUGGCAACCGCCGUAUUGUUCUUUUUUAGCUCCCUGACCUGCUGUUUAGAAUUUAAUAUAGGCUACAUUAAUUGUUUGUGAAAUUAAAUAAAACUGAAUUGUUUUGCUGCUGGAUAUGUAAAUAUGUUAACUGUUUUCAUUAGCGAUUGGUAUAAAUAAAUACAUAUAGACACCAGGCAUGUGUGUUUCCAACAAUAAAAAGACUUGACUUGACUUGACUUUGUGUGUGUGAUUUGCCACCCUUGAAUUUAACUUGCCACCCUUCUGCCACCCCAUGUAAAAUUUUCUAGAAUCGCCA